AUGCAAAUCAGCGCCACCGCGACACGCCCACAUUCGAUAACCAACCAAUGGCUGGCGGCGAAGGCGGGGCCAGAUCACAACAGCGGAGGAUUCAAACCGAACAUGGCUGCGGGGAAAGAUGUCAACGACAACACGCACAAUAGAAGAGACACGGUGAGCAGCAUGGUCAUCAACCACGAAGAGUCGCCCGGCUGUCAUAGAGCAGGCCGGCCACCGGUCAUCUUCAACCCGGAUUUCUUCGUGGAGAAACUGCGCCACGAGAGCCCCGACGCCUUCCUGGAGCUGGUGCUCAGCAACAUCACCCGUCUCAUCGACCUCCCCGGGGCCGAGUUUGCUCAGCUCCUCGGAGAAGAGGGCUCAAAGACGCCAACGGGUGGAAAUGGAGGAUUUUUCCGUUCCUUCAACUUCCUCAGACGCAAAGAAAAAGGCAUCGUCUUUGGAACAUCCCUGACAGAGAGCUCCAUUUCCCAGAUCUACCAGCUCAUCGGGUACCUCAGUAAAAAUCUCCAUGUGGAGGGCCUGUUUCGGGUUCCGGGGAACAGCGUCCGGCAGCAGGCCUUAAAGGAGCUGCUCAACACCGGGGCCGACGUGGACCUGGAGUCCGGAGGCUUUCACCCCAACGAUGUGGCCACGCUGCUGAAAACCUUCCUGGGAGAGCUUCCAGAGCCCCUGCUGACACACAGACACUUCCACGCCCACCUGAAGAUCGCCGACUUGACUCUGUUCGACGAACAAGGCAACAAGACGGCGGUGCCCAACAAGGAGCGUCAGGUGGAGGCCCUGCAGCUGCUCUUCCUGCUGCUGCCCCAGGCCAACCGCUCCCUGCUCAAGCUGCUGCUGGACCUGCUCUACCACACCGCCCGGCAGCAGGACAAGAACAAGAUGUCCGCCUUCAACCUGGCCCUCAUGUUCGCCCCGCACGUCCUCUGGCCCAGACACAUGACAGCAGGUGACCUAAAAGACAAUCUAAAGAAGCUGAACAACAGCAUGGCGUUUCUCAUCAAACACUCCCAAAAGCUCUUCAGGGCUCCGGUCUACCUGAGAGAUUACGCCAGAGUGUAUUUCACUGGGACAAAGGCUCUGCAGACCAAGAUUACGGCCAAAUGA